AUGGGUGGUUUACUCUUUGGUUAUGAUCUUGGGAUCACGGGAGGAGUGACUUCCAUGGAACCUUUCCUAAUAAAAUUCUUUCCUAGUGUUUAUAAACAAAUGCAAGACGAAUCUAACCACGAAAGCCAAUAUUGCAAAUUUGACAAUGAGCUCCUUACUUUGUUCACCUCUUCAUUAUAUCUUGCUGCAUUAGUAGCUUCUUUUUGUGCUUCCACAACCACAAGAAUGAUGGGACGCAAGACCUCAAUGUUUGUAGGUGGUUUGUUUUUCCUUGUUGGUGCUUUGUUGAAUGGUUUUGCCAUCAAUAUUGAGAUGCUUAUCAUAGGUCGUUUAUUGCUUGGUUUUGGUGUUGGAUAUUGUAAUCAGUCUGUACCUGUGUAUUUGUCUGAAAUGGCCCCAACAACGAUAAGAGGUGCACUCAACAUUGGUUUUCAAAUGAUGAUCACAAUUGGCAUAUUAAUUGCAAACCUUAUCAACUAUGGGACUGCAAAACUAGAAUAUGGUUGGAGAAUUUCUUUAGGUAUUGGUGCAGUCCCCGCAAUAAUGCUAUGUGUGGGAUCUCUUUUCUUAGGUGACACACCAAACUCUCUCGGUUGA